CCCGGCUAUCCCACAUAUAUAGUGAACCACGAUGCAGUGACGAAGAUUUCGAUCGUUUAAAACUGGUUACUGUUUCCUAAUAUGGAAAUAGUCGGGGGACACUUUUCCGAUAUCUUUCACGUGACUUUAUAAUCAGUACUCUGCAACUGUGGUUUCUCCCGAAACUUCCGGUGAAUGACCACUUAACUCGCAUCACUCAACACGAUUACCUCAAUUUCCUUCUCUAUAUAUGUGCCAAUAUUGUUGAUUGCUGCAAACACUGUGAAUCAGCGAUAUUAGGCUACUAAAAAAUAUUUGAUAAAAGCCACAGAAAACGCUAAUUUCUCGGAGAGACUCGUUGAUACACGAUGCAGAGCUUUUUAAUUUUGUUCUUAUCCGUGCUGAAUGUAUUAACAUUUACAAAGGGUAAGUUGAAAUAAUUAAGAAAUGUAUUCACCUAAAAACUAGGCAAGCAGAUUGCAAAAUUGAUAACAGUUUAUAGUCGAUUUUCUCGGUUCUUGAUAAUCGGGUAAAUAUUGAAAAUAAUAAUUUAUAAUGAGCCGGAAGGUAGAUGUAUAUCAUGCAUGGAAAGAUAUCUGGGAUGACAACAAAGGGGAAGAAGAGAACAAGUACCAACAUGCAAAUCACAAUGACAAAUAAUAAAUAAAUUGAAUAAUCAUCUAUAGUUUUAUUGCGUGCUGAACGUUUUGCCAUUUGACUGACCAUUUGCCAGUUAGAUUAACUAAACAACCAAGGUUUGUCGUUUUAUAUUUGUUCAAAAGCUUGUCUAAUUGUGAAAUGCUCUUUUAUUUCUAAGUGGACGCCGCUCUUCCAUUUAAAGAACAGUGUGUUAAGUGGCACAACGAAUUCCGCGCUAAACACCAGGUAAUCAAAGGAAUAUAUUAGAAAAACCAUUGUUUUUGCUGAAAAGUUUUUGAAUGAAGGUUAACUUUGAAUCAUGGUCAACCAAAUUAUGUCAUUUUAAGUGAGCAACUUGCUCGUUUUCACUUUAAAUUUUCUAGCCUGUUCGAGGAGUUCAGACAGUCUAUUCUUCGCCAACUCUCUACGCACUAGUAAUCACAUGGAAAAGGCUGUCAGUCGAAGUGUCGAGAAAAUUCUUAGCCAAUCACGAUCAAAUCUCAAACUUUUGUUCUAGGUUGGUCAAGUCACGUGGAAUGAUGACCUUGCCAAAGGCGCGGACGACUGGGCCAAGUACUUAGCAGCUAACAAUUUGUUUCAACAUGCACCGAAUCUUAACGUGGGUGAAAAUCUCUACUGGUCUUCACACAAACCAGAAGAGCCUUGCACCAAGGCUACGAAAGCUUUCUACGGAGAAGUUAAAUAUUAUGACUAUGAUAAGCCGGGAUUUUCUCUCAAAACGGGACAUUUUACCCAGGUAAACUAACUUUUGAGACCCGAUUAUAGGUCAGUGUCGUCUUUUGUUUUACGUAUUCAUGUGAUAUACGGGACUUACGGGCACUGACUUGUAAAUCCGGCUUAUAAUGUCACGGCUCAAUAAAGAUCUUCAACCAAGUGCACGGGUAAGGUAUUAAAAUUUGAUUUCAAUAUUAUUUUUGACAAAAUCGAAAAAUGAGGUUACAAAAACACAGUGCAUAAAAUAUACACGUGGCUAUUAUGAUAGACUUUCAAUUUUUGACCAAACGGGGUUCAGAGGGAUUAACCUUUUGGCUCUGUACAUACGUAUAAAAUUGUUCUUAGUUUAUUUCGUGUGCUGGUGAAUUUUUUAAUUUUCACAGUUCUAUCAGUUUAUUUUUGCCAUUCUGUUAUAACGAUAACAAGUGAAGCAAGCUCUCCGGAGCGCUCUGGCGGUGGGGCAGGAAAAGGAAGGAGAGCUACGCUUGCAAAUACGUCUCUGUAAUUUGAAUUCCACCUCCAGUUCCCCUGUGUCUUCUUAUCGACUGAGCUGUCUGAUUUCCUCCAAAUCAGGGCGAAGAGGAAACGAGCGCGAACGUAACUUACGUUACGUUAACGUUACGUUUAACUAACAUUAAAAAACAGGUGCCAAGGGUAAUAACGUCAUUACUAGAGUCAUCUAGUCAUCGACUUUUUCGAUGCAGAUGUUCAAAUUCCAGAGCUAACGAGACAUAGCUGCAAGCAAUUUUUCCCGCCCCGCCGCCAGAGCCUCCCGGAGAGCUUGCUCGCAGGCUAAGUGAGACAGAGGGAUCUAUCAAAUCAUAAAACAUCAUUAUGCACAUGACUGGAAAGAAUGAUGUACUAUUCGUGAUGUCAUGAAGUCUGAGUUCUCAAGAGGAGUCUAGCCCAUGGAAGCCCGCCCACAUUUCCAGCUUAGUUUAAGCUCUGAUCACUUGGUCACUUCUGAUUUCGCAAAACAAUCCACUUUAAAGGGGUUAUGUCACGAGGAUAUUGCUGUUUUAGGUCAUUACUUAGUGCCAUAAUACCCAUAAACAAAAUGCUCUUGUAGAGUUAUGAAGUAGAUAUCUAACAAAAGUUACCAGGAGCAUUAACAAUAAUAAUUAUGGUUAAUAAAUUAAUAUAAAUUAAAUUAAUAUAAAUUCAUUAAAGUUAAUUAAAAUUCAAUCCAUGUGCAUCUUUGCCAUCUGUUUUAAGAGACGACAGGAAACAGUUUCAAUGCCUAGAUAUCGUUUGAAACAACAACUCUGGACCAUUAUUUUUGGACUGUUUGGAAGUCAACUGCAGAUGCGUAGACACCUCUUAGCUUAUUAAAAGGAUAGCAAAUGGCGCGCCUUAACCUUUCUUAAAAGGGCAAGCAAAAACUGAAUUCUAAAAAAAGGUGCACAAAAAUUGCUCAAAAAAGUAACGUAAUGUAAGUUGUGAAAUGCUAACCAGCCUUUACUUAUCAGAAGCUUCUGUUCUAACGCUUUUACUGAAGGACAAGCCCACGUGUCUUUCCGUCACUCGACUGUGUAAACAACGCAAAAGUUUUAGAAAACGAUUUUUGCUCAAAAUAGGAAAUAACAAUCGUUCAAAUAUGGCCUCAAAUACGAAAAGGUGCCUAAGGGUGUUCGAAAUGCAUACAAAAUGAUGCUCCAAAGUCGAAAAAGUGCUCAAACGUUGCCACGCGCAAUAGGGAAAGGCCUAUUUUGAUUAAACAAAAACCACUCGAUUCAUAAUUCUUUACUUAAUAAUUCUAUUUUAGAUCGUGUGGAAAAACACAAAACAGAUAGGAGCGGCACAAGCAACACGAAGAGAUGGAUCUUUUGUAUUAGUUAUCCGGUACUCCCCCGCUGGAAACUUCGUUGGCGAGAAGGCAUUCAGGGCUAAUGUUCUUCCAGUCAGGGAGGGUACUGGUGCUCCUCCUACUGCUCGUGGGGGAGGUCUUUGUAGCAAGAACUUUCACCUUGGUUUCAAAGCCCUGUUGGGUAUUACAUUGGCAGCCAUGACGUUAUGGAUUUGAAAUUAGCGAGUUGGAGAAAGAGGAUGAUAAAAGCUCCAAGCUAACUGAGCCCAUGCUUGUGAUGAAGAGGAAUA